GCCGGCGACCCCGUGGGGCGGGUCCAGAGUCCAGUUGCAGGGCCAGUGAGGCAUUUAUAACUUCACGUCAAUUUCUCCAGCCGGUGCCUCUUUUUUUUUUUUUUGCUUUUGAGAGUCAUGUCUGCUCUCAUGUUAAAGCUAGUCAAGGUGCACCUACGCUCCAGGGCGCAUUCUGGUUCCCUUCUUCAGCCUUCGCGGACUUUCAGCUGCACGACGAGGAGAAGAGCUGAGCAAAGUGACUCGUCUUCCGUGUUGGGCAAGCGAUGGAAGGACACAGCCGAGACGGUGGUCAUCGGAGGGGGCUGCGUGGGCACAAGUCUCGUCUACCACCUGGCCAAAAGCGGCAUGAAGGACGUGGUCCUGCUGGAGAAGUCCGAACUGACCGCCGGAUCCACUUGGCACGCGGCCGGGUUGACCACCUAUUACCAUCCGGGCAUCAACCUGAAGAAAGUCCACUAUGACAGCGUUAAACUCUACGAGCGGCUGGAAGCCGAGACUGGACAGGCGGUGGGCUUUCAUCAGCCGGGCAGCGUCCGCAUCGCGUCCACGGCUGCCCGUGUGGAUGAGAUGAAGUACCAGAUGACCCGCACCCACUGGCAUGUGACGGAGCAGUACAUGAUUGGGCCUGAGAAGAUCCAGGAACUCUUUCCUCUGCUCAACUUGGACAAGGUCUUGGCCGGUCUGUACACCCCGGGAGACGGCCAUAUCGACCCGUACUCCCUGACCAUGGCGCUGGCGGCGGGCGCUCGCAUGUACGGCGCUCAGAUUUACAACCCGGCCCCCGUCACGGGCCUCGCGCCCACAGCCGACGGCAAAUGGGACGUGCAGACGCCUCACGGAACCAUCCGGGCCAAUCGCGUGGUCAACGCCACAGGUUUCUGGGCCCGCGAGGUUGGCAAGAUGAUCGGUUUUGAGCAUCCGACCAUCCCGGUGCACCACCAGUAUGUUGUGACCGCCACCGUGCCAGAAGUCAAGGCCCUCAAGAAGGAGCUGGCCGUCAUCCGAGAUUUGGAGGGCUCGUACUACCUGCGCCAGGAAAGGGACGGCCUUCUGUUUGGGCCUUAUGAAAAGAUGGAGAAGAUGGUCCUGCAGGACUCUUGGGUCCGAGACGGCGUCCCCCCAGGUUUUGGCAAGGAGCUGUUUGAGUCGGACCUGGACCGGAUCAUGGAGCACGUGGAAAUGGCCAUGGAGAUGGUUCCGGUGCUCAAGAAAGCCGACAUUAUCAACAUCGUGUCCGGCCCCAUCACGUACACCCCCGACCUACUGCCCAUGGUCGGACCGCAUCAAGGAGUUCGCAACUACUGGACGGCCAUCGGAUUCGGGUACGGAGUCAUCCACGCUGGCGGAGUGGGGAAAUUCCUCAGCGACUGGAUUCGAAACGGCGAGCCUCCGUACGACCUGAUUGAAUGCGACCCCAACCGCUACGGGAGCUGGGUCGACGUGCCCUUCCUGUGCGCCAAAGCCCGAGAAUCUUAUGGCUUCAAUAAUGUGGUCGGAUACCCCAAGGAGGAGCGCUUCGCCGGCCGACCCACCUGCCGCAAGAGCGGCGUUUACGAUCUUCUCAAGGACAAAGCAUCCAUGGGCUUCCACGCCGGCUGGGAGCAACCUCACUGGUUUUAUAAAGCGGGAGACGACACCGGAUACAAGCCCAGUUUCAGUCGCACAAACUGGUUUGAGCCCGUCGGCAGAGAGUGCAAGCUAGUGAUGGAGAAGGUGGGCGUGAUCGACCUGACGCCUUUCGGCAAGUUUGUCGUGAAGGGGGCCGACUCUCUCAAGUUGCUGGACCGCUUGUUUGCUAACACCAUGCCCAAGGUGGGCCAGACCAACAUCAGCCACAUGUUGACGCCCACCGGGAGAGUCUACGCUGAGGUCACCAUCACCCAGUUGGCACCGGGAGAGUUUUUGCUCAUCACCGGCUCAGGAUCGGAGCUACAUGAUCUCAGGUGGAUCGAGACAGAAACGGCCGUGGGCGGCUACGACGUUGACAUCGCCAACGUGACGGACGAAAUCGGCGUACUGGGCGUCGCCGGUCCCAACUCUCGCACAGUCCUUCAAAAGCUCACCCAGGAGGACAUGAGCCAUUCAGGGUUUAAAUUUCUCCAGUGCAAGUUGAUCCAGUUGGCCGGCGUGAAGCUCCGAGCCAUCAGGAUCUCCUACACUGGCGAACUGGGAUGGGAGCUGUACAUGAGCCAGAAGGACAUGGCAGCAGUGUACCGGGCCAUAAUGGAAGCGGGAGAAGAGGAAGGCAUCGACAACUUUGGCACCUACGCCAUGGCCUCCCUCAGGCUGGAGAAAGGCUUCAGAGGAUGGGGGGCUGAGAUGAAUUGUGACACCAACCCUCUGGAGGCAGGCUUAGAUUACUUCAUCAAGCUCAACAAGCCGGCCGACUUCAUCGGCAAGGCGGCACUUCAGGAGAUAAAAGCCAAGGGCCUGAAGAGGAAGUUGUCCUACCUCGCGGUGGAAACGCACGACGUGGACCCCGAGGGCAACGAGACGGUGUGGCACGACGGAAAGGUGGUGGGCAACACCACGUCCGGGGCCUACAGCUACAGCGCCCAGCACAGCCUGGCCUUCGCCUACCUGCCCGUGGAGCUGUCCUCGGAAGGCCGCAAGGUGGAGGUGGAGCUGCUGGGGAAGAAGUACCCGGCCGCCGUCAUCCAGGAGCCCUUGGUGCUCACCGAGCCCACGAGGACCCGCUUGCAGAACAAAGCAAAGAGCAAAGCAUAAAAAAAUCAACACAAUGGUGGCAAGGCUUCACAUGGUUCGUUCACGUUUGAUGACAUACUUGAACCGCAGUGUCUUAAUUCAUUUUGUAAUUCCAUGGUGUACGUUUUGUUUCUUACAAUUAGAGAUAUAAUGCCAUUACCAUUUUAGUAAGUCACAGAAUGAAACAUUUGUACAGUUUUUAUAAUUUAUUUUUGAACAAAUAUGCAAUCAACAAUAUACUGUACAUUAAUACCGUGAGAAAUAAAGUGUAUAGAACUUGCUGUCUUCUGGAAA